ACACAUUAGCUGUAGUCAGUGAGCAAGUGUUUAUGUUUGGUGGCUGCGCUGAGGACGGUUGCUACUACAAAGAUGUCCAUGUUCUGAACACAGAGAGCCUUGUGUGGCAGAAGUGGGAUGUGAAAGGAGAAUCACCCGUGAUCUAUGGAGGGCAAACCCUUGUAGCACAUCACGACAAGGACAUAUAUUUGUUUGGUGGAAAAGUGCCUAGUGAGGAUGGACCACACACCUCGACAAACGAGAUACUUAAGUUAAGCAUUGGAAAGAUGAAAUGGAAGGUGCCACUCUAUGUGGGGAUCCCACCGGCUAGACGUCAUGGUCAUACAGCCUUCAUCCUCCACAGCCAUAUGUAUAUAUUUGGGGGCAAAAAUGAAGAACAGGAAUUCAAUGACUUGAAAGUGAUGAAACUGAUUAAUCCAUCAGAAAGGCAGCCAGUCAUGAAAGAUAUUCUAUCAGAGUUUGGGCUUCAGGGAGUCAGCCAUGGCUUUGCACCUACGAAAGUCCCUAAUGUAAAGUAUGAGUUGAGUGAGUCUCCACUUUCUGUGAGAAAGAACACAGCUGUGUCUGCACAGGUGACAUCCCAUAGAGACCUCAGUACUGUUCGCGACGAGGCUAUGAAUAUGAUACACAGAGCUUUCUCCAUGCUGGACCAGGAGUUCCAAAAACUUGAUAGAGAGAAGUCUGAUCUUGCUGAAGCUGUAGCUGCUAUUCAGCUGGAGAGAGAGGCACAGCAAGCUCACCAACAACAACAGGAGCAGCAACUACAGGAAAUGCUUCAGAGGCACAGAGACCAGAACGAAGCUUGGUUACGAGCACGGGCUGAGGAAAAUGACAAGGAGAGGAAGGAGCUGUGUAAACUGAGGGAGGAGGUUGUCCAUGAGCAGGAGCGACUUAAAGAUGAACAGAGUAACAUCCAAAAACGCAGUGAGCACCUUCUUUCUAUCAUGCAGCAGUUCAAAGGCAUGUAAAGCACCGUUUCCAUGACAACCAAGAGAGGAAAUGGACUGGAUUUGGGCGUGUGACUUACCAAAGGAUGUAGCUGUGAAUGGUCAACACAAAAUCUCUCAGUUGUGAACAAUUUAUGUGAUAUUAAUCUGUUUGUCCACUUGUGUCUUUGAAUAGUUGCACUAAGCUAAGAUGCAAUUCGGUUGUCUUUAGCAAGAGGGUCAGAUAUUGGGACAUGUGUGUCAUCAUUGACCAAAAUAGUAGGCUAAAGUGACAUAAAAUAAUGUCAGCAAUAUUCUUGAGGUGUUAUAGGGCGACUUGCCUAAUGAACAAUGAAAUUAAGUUGGUGAUUUAAU